GCCAGCAGCGCGAACGCGAACACACCGCGGCACGGGGCGCGGGGCUGACGAACCAAAUGUCUGUCGUCGUUCCCAGCAACCCUGCAUCUCUUUGCGCACCGAAACGGAAGCCUGGCAUGGCGAUCAAAAGCGAGGCGGAUGUUGAAGAGGAGGCAGCAGGAGAAACAUACAGAGGAGGGGUCCUUAAAGCCUCCCGGGCUCAUCUCCCGCCGUGCGUCAAAGACCCUGAAGAUCACCUCAACUCUGGAGACAAAGAGGAGUGCGCCACGACAAAGCAGCGGUCCAAAGGGGAUGAUUUGAAACUGGCGCAGCCUGAUGCGGGAUUACAGAGUGGCGGGAACAGUUUGAGCGGGAGGAGUGACUCGGAUGAUGAGGAGGAGGUUGUCAGUCUGGUGCUGUCUGAUGACUCCGGCCAGUGCGUAACGGAGGACGAGUCCCACUACAUCACCACGCACGAGAUAGAGCUGUCGGAGCUGUCCGACCACGAAGGCGACUACGACCUCGGCGUGGGCUCCUCCACCAGCUGGGACAUCGAGGAUGACAGGCGGGUGUACUCGUUUGUGGACUAUAGUUUUGACGCCGAUCAUGGAGCGGCGGGGCUCUGCUCCGCGCGCGCUCAGGGCGCAUCAGCAGGAGUCAGCACUCUGCGUGAAAGCGAUCCGUUCCCCAGCUCAGAUGAGAACACAUGGAAGCCGCCGCAGCAGCAGCAGUUCAGGGGAGACGGUGGGGGACAGAUCUGCCUGUCAAUCAGGGCCACUUCCCGGGCUAUAAAUGACCCGGGCAACAUUCAAGAACAGGAAAACAUUCUUUAUCGUGCCAGGCGCUCCGGAGACGUGAGCCGUUAUGUGUUCAGAGGAGUUGAUGGGAAGGCAGAGACGCUGUGUGACAGAGCUAAGUGCUUCAUUGCUGCGCCGGGACGCAUGCACUUUGGCGGCAAAUUGAGGGGGAAGAAGGAGGUCACAGACUCCAGCGGCACGUCCAGCGCAGUCAGUGAGCUGGACGAUGCCGACAAGGAGGUGCGCAAUCUGACAGCCAGGGCCUUCAAGAGCCUGGCCUACCCUUACUUUGAUACCAUUAAUUUCAGCACCUCCAGCGAGUCCUCCGCGUCAGAGCACGGCCGGGGCCUCAACAGGUGGUCCACGUUUGUCGACCUGAAAUAUGGAAACGUCAACGUGUCUCAGGGACUCGACCAAAGUGUGGUGUCUUGUCAGCAGUCAGCAGCCUCGUUUGAAAUAGCCAACAGUAUCGAUAAUAGGGGUUAUAAAGGUCUGGCUCUGGCGCACAUCAAACCCCCCACCAGCAAGAUCUUCUCUAUAAGUGGCAGCCCCCGCGGGGCUUCGUCAUCCACACAGAAAAUCCAGCUGAUGGGGAAGUUUGGUCAGAGCAGCAGCGGGCUCAUUAGACUGACGGAGACUCUGAAUUUCCGCUGCAAUGUCAAAGCAGGAAUGUCUGGGGGAGAAAGGCGCACGAAGUCCGCGCAAACCCCUGCGGGAUCACGUUCCACAGAUGAGGUUACCAACAGUUUGCAAAGGAGUCAGGACAGAGGGGCCAGCAAGCCGCCCCUCAAUGCCAUGGAAGACAUGCAGAAGAAGUCCGUGUUCGCGUCCAGCCUGAUUAAAAACGUUCUCUCCAAAAAGAUUCAGUUUGAGCAGGAGCGGAAGAUGGAGCGGGGGGAGAUCAGUGAGCAGCAGCAGCAGCAGCAGCAGCAGCGGCUGCAGCAGCAGGCGCCCUCUCCGCUUCAUGCGCACCAGGGGGGCCUGGACAGCCACGGGGGGAAGCUGGGGAGCAGGGAUCUGCGCAGUCAGAGCUCCAGGCUUUCCGAGAGCAGCUCUGACUGCGCGCCCGUCUGCGUGGAACAGUUGGGGGACUUUGUGGACAGCGGCUCAUGUGAUUCCAGGAGCACCCACUCCUGGAGAAAAGAUCCGGCCACGCGCGCCCCAGAAACCAAUUUAGCGUCGCAGAAUGAAGCUGGAAUCGAUACUAAAAAAGGCGCACUGGGAGCGUCCAAAAGCACGCUGCUUCGCAGCCAAAAUAGCGCCUUCAGAUGCUGGAAGGACGGCGAGCUAGAGUUUCAAAAGGAUCAUAAAAACGCGAAAACCCUGGAGGACAGGUUGCCUUCAGCGGAUGAGGGUGAGGGGGACCUGAGCUCAGCGCGCAGCAAACUGACGAAAAUGUCUCAUUUGUUUGUUCCAAGUAUCCAGCUGCUGUCCGGUGAAGAAGAGGAUGAAGGCGGACAAGCGCGGCGCGGAGAUCCUUCUGAAAGUGGGGACAACCCGGGGACAAAACUGCGCGCUGACAGCACCUUCCACCUCUCAGAGUCCAGGAACGCGUCCGCCUCCAAAUCUCCGGAAAUCAAAAUAAACCUGAGGAGCGUCAGAGACGAUAAAAGCCAAGCUUUUGGUGUCUCCAAACGGCGCGCUCCUAUUUUAGGCUCCAAGGCGCCGAGCUUCAGCAGAGCAGAUGACUUCAAAUGCCAAGCGCUGGCUGCAGCUCUGAAGGGCGAGUCCUCAGACAAAGUUCCACACUUCAUGGUAAGAGACAUCCGAGAAAACAAGGGCAAGCUCCAGACGCCGAUCCACCAAGUGAGAGAUGUGCGUAAGCUGGUUAAAAGCUCUUAUCACUUUGUUUCUUUGGAUACCAGUGAAAACAAGGCCAGCUCUGCCUGUGCUGACAGUCACAGCGAGCAGAGGAAGCAAAUGCAGCCCAGAAAUCCAGACCCUGUGUCCCCCAUAGUGAUAAAAUGUCAAUCUGUAAACACCAAUUACCCUGGGAAACAUCCUGGAAAUGUGGAACCAGCCGAACAGGAGUCACUUGACUCUGACAAAGUGACUCUGGGGGACGCUAAAAGUGAUCCACCACUGAGGGCAGGGGGCCCAACGUCUCACAGCUCCUCAGAGGAGAACCCUGGACUCAGAACAGAGACACAGAUGAAGGCAGAAAAGGGGUCCGAGCUGGCAGACAAAAAGCCGGAAUCUAAGGUUGCUAAUCAAGUGGCUUUGGAAAAGCUUCAGGCUGCUGUGAAAACCAUGGAGCAGCUUUAUGUGUUUGAGAAGAACGAAUGGAAGAGAAAGAGCGAGCCGGAGCCUCUGACGGACAGCCACGUGCUGUCACUGAUCACCAGUGAGGAGCUGGGUGGAGCUGACGAGGAGGACGUCGGCUGUUCCGAUGUGGACAAAACCAGAAGAGACUCCUAUCCCAGAACCGAAGCCUCCCCUGGCUCUGAGGAUCCAGGAAGUGGGGAAGCAAACGACCCGUUCGGGUCUCCUCAGCCGUCCAGCAGCCACGACAACUCGCUGCUUUCCAAGUCCCAUCAGGCCAUAAACGUAACUAGUCACAGAAACACGUCCGACUUCAAGUUCUGUGCAGCUCCAAGCAUCCACCUGUCCAACAACUUCACUCAAACACCUUUUAGCGACAGAAACGUGGCCCCAAAGUCCCCCCAGCUCCCCGUUUCUGUAAAGAUUAGUCGCAAAAAGGAAGCAGGGGAAUGGAGAAAUGAGGAAAAGUUUCAUGUGUCAAACGCGUUGUCUGAUAAUUACCUGACUAUUCCUGUCAAAUCCCACCCAAAGGAAAGCAAACAACCUCCACCUGCUGACAAGACUUCUGGGUAUUCAUUUUCUAACCAAUCAAAGCCGACCCCCCCACCAAACCACCAGUGGUCUGGCUCCAGAAGCCAGGAGCAGCACAUGCCAAAGACGACGCACUCCAGCCACGGGAUGCAGACCCCUUCACCUGAGAUUCCCCCGGCCACAAUUUAUCACUCCCUACCGCUGGGAAUGUCCCCCAGCCAGCCACAGAUGUACUGCUUCUCCCCAAUAAUGACCCCAGCCCCCACCCUAGAGCCCUUCCACGCCACUCAGAGGAAGAUGCUCCUGGACCCCACCACUGGAAACUACUAUCUGGUAGACACUCCGGUGCAGCCGGCCACAAAGCGUCUCUUUGACCCGGAGACGGGUCGCUACGUGGACAUGCCGAUCCCACAGCCUCCCAUGACCCCCCUGCCCAUGCCCCUCCCACCAAUGGCCCUCAGUCCCGGGGCGUACGGGCAGACCUACAUGAUCUACCCCAGCUUCAUGCCGGCGCCGGCAGUCAUACCUUCCCGGGCGCUGGUGCACUCGCAGAUGUCCCUGCCGUCGGAGGCAGAGUGCGGGGAGAAAGCACCGUCGCAGCACAACGAGGGGGUGUACAUGGAAAGCCCCUUCUACAUGUCCACUGGAACGUACCACCAAGCAGCUUCUGGGGGUCAGCAGCAGGGCGCCGCAGCCGGCAGGCCUCAGCAAACCCCGACCGCCGUCUCACAGCCCAUCAUAAGCAUCACCUCCCAGCAAGGCCCCAGGAUCAUCGCCCCGCCCUCGUUUGACGGGACGACCAUGAGCUUUGUGGUGGAGCAUAGAUGAGAGGCGCCUCACCGGAACAGCUCAUUUUUCUACCAGGAAGUAAGACGACUCGAUCUCUGAGGCCCCGCCUUCUUCUCCUUGUGGGUGCCGCCCAUUUCAUGACAUCAUCAUGGAGUCGGCCUCAUCAGCGUGUCUGAGAUUCUCCCAUGAAAACAAACAUCAUCCAAACUUUACAAAGAUGGACGUUCAUAUAAUUCAUAGAAAAUUAAAGUGUUUAGCCAAUCACGUCUAGCUCCAUGAAGGAAGUGGGGGGUCUGUUACCCUGGGGGCGGGGCUGGCAGUGCAGAGUCUUCCUGGAAGGGGCGGGUUCCUCAGAUAUGAUGUCACAAUGUGAGGACCUGCUCGUUUUCGUGGGUUGGGAGGGGCUGGUGCUCAGAGCAGGUUUUUAGAGGAAUCCUCAGAUAUUUGUGAAUGGAUCAAAAUACCGGUUUGGGGUUGUUGUUUCUGGAGAGAAAUGAACAUUAUGACACACUAAAAAGCUCAGAAAGUUUAUUGUGCAUGAUAUAGGUUCUCUAAAUCGCUGCUCUGCACGCUCUGUGGGGGUUACACUGGAGAUUGACCCGGCCCGUCUAGAAUUCUUCCACGUCUGGACUGAAAUAAAACCCUUUACUGCUUUGGCAGUGUGCAGUGGAUCCUACUCAUUCUGCUGCAUGGUUAUGGAUCUGUCUGUGGAUGUUUUCAAUAAAAACAAAUUAGCUUUUUACCAAGAAAAAAAAAACAUGCAAGCCCAAACCAUGGCAUCACCACCACUGUGUUCAUAAGCUGAGUUUUGGCUCAGAGGCAGAUCCUCAACUCUCCAAGCCUUAGCCUUUGCUCCGUCCUUCUGUCCUGCUGACUGGACUGUGAUUCAGUCUGACUCCCUAGAGGUUGUUUCCGGUUCCACAUUCAUGUCUCGACUGCUCCUACCAUGUUCUUAUCAUCCACUGGAGUUGUUUUUCUUGGUCUGCCUGUUGGGCGUCUCUUAUUUAGUGCCCCAGGGGUUUCUUGUGCACAUUUGCCCCACUGCAGUCCUUCUUGCAACCUUUUUUGCUGUCUGGGGUUCAUGUUCACUGAAUAUGCAGUUUCAAAAACCCGCAUGUGACCCUGAGCGUGGACUUUAACCGUUGUGUGAUUACAGACACCAGGACAACAACGAAGACCAACCAGACUCAUGUUCCUGUGUUCUACUGAAAAGUGGGUUGGAGUUUGAACAAAAGCUGGCAGCAACAUUUCUGUCUGGUUCUCAAAACAGAAGAAAGAGGCUGGAGUUUAGUGUUGUUAAAGCUUUCCAUACACUUUGGGCAUUCACAGUUAUUUCCCACCGUGUGAAGGAGAUGUUCAGUUUCCAAAAAACACAACGCUGAUUUUCCGUCAUGCGUGCCUCAGGACAUGUGUCCGGUCCUGGAGUUUGUAGCCGCUUCAUGUGCUGAACAGGCAUGACGGGAGCAAAAGAUUUGGUUGUAAAGUUUGCAGCUAAACAGUUGGGCCCCGCCUGCUAGCGUGUGCGUCCUCAGAUAAGGCCCUGAGUGAGGAUUGUUCAUGGGGAAGGUGUUACAAUGUGCCAGUGUGUACAUGUGUGCAGCAGAGAGAGUUCAAACUCUAGCAGUUUGUUGUCUGUGUGCAAAAGCUUCAGCUGCUGCAGGAUGUCAGAUUCUGGCUGGCAGCUUGCUGCAGUAUCAGUGAGCUUUUUAUAGGAGCAGUUGUUGCAAGACGGAGAGGGUGAGAAGUCGGCUUCAUGGCAUCAACAAAACAUGCUGCAUAGCAGCGAAGAGCCUCAACUGCUCUUGGUGAACAUUUUGGAGUUUCCCCUCUCAGAAUGUCCCCACAUACCGCUGAGACCAGCUGGCAACUCAACUCUAAGUUAACUUCAGUUUACAGGAGCUUCUUCAUCUUUUCCUUUCAAUCCUGAACGUUAAAAUCCGACAGAAGUGGCUGAAAAGAGGGAAUACCUUUGUUGUCAUGGUAACAUGCAUAACCACAGGCGGUGAAGGUGUGUGCGACCUUCAGCUGAAAUCAUGGACGUUUGCUGCGUUUCUGCUGUUGUCCGUCCCCCUUCUCUGCUUUCCAUUUGAAAUCUUGGUUCUGCAGGACUUUCUGAAGCAGGAAACGGGUUUGGAUGCCAAAGGAAGGUUCCCAUCAGGCUGCAGUGAUGCAGAUGUUGAUGGUUGGAUCCGUCUGAGAACAAAUUAGGAUAAAAGUCCUGGUGCAAAACACCAACAUGUCUCUAACCUCAACAUUUAAUAUAUAAACAGCCAACAAUAACAUUUAAAACUACAGUAUGUUACUCAGGGACGGCAUGGUGGUGUAGUGGUUAGCACUCUGAGCUCACAGCAGGGAGGCCCUGGUUUGAAUCCCGGCUGUGUCAUCUCUGUGGAGUUUGCAUGUUCUCCCUGUGGGUGACCGGCUUCCUCCCAACAGGCUUCACUGAUGACUCCAAAGACUCCUCUCCAUUGAGCAGUCCGGUCAAUACCAGUCCAGUAUGUUGAGCAUUUCCAUUGUGGACCCGUUAGGCCAGACUGUACCAUUUUAAGGCCCUGUUUGUUGUAGGUCGCUCACCUAAAUCGCCUGGACCGUUCUAAACCGUGCCGUACCGCUCAGUUGAAACGAGGCUUACAUUUCCCCAUAGGUGUCAAUGUGUUUGUUAUUGUGGGUGGAUGGAUGGAUGGACAUGAGGGAUAUUUCAAUGGUCCUCUGCUAUAGUGACAAAACAUCUAAUCAUUCUGACCUGCAGUGCCUACACAAUGCCAAAUGGAUGAAGGAUUUUGGGAGCACUGACUGUUUAAAUGAAAAGGACAAUUAGUUUUGACGCCUGAGUGAAUUGUUUUGGGGGAGAUAUGAGCUUUUGCAGGUGAACCAUGGUGUUGUGCCGAACCAUCCACAUUAUUUGGGCAAAAGCACCAAGAGUGUCGAGAACGUCCGGUCUGCUUCAAGAAAUUGGCCAAAGCAAUUGAGAAGGAUCUUUGCCAUUUUGGUGGCACUGACUCUUUACAUGGGAAAGGAAUUUAGUUUUGAAGCACGAGUGAACAGUUUUGGGAGAUAUAUUAGAUUUUGCAAGUGAUGUGCUGAACUGUAAGACUGUUUUACCAAAUGAUCUUAGAAUUUUCAGAAUGUAAUUUCUGUUUCAAGAAAAUGAGCCAAACCAAUGGAGAAAAACUAAAAUCCACAGAAAUCAAAAGAGAUGAUGUCAUCUUCCUGUACCUGUCAGUGAAGGAAAUCAGUGCUUUGCAGCACAGCUGACCUCAAAGAGGAGCUCCUUUUUUUUUUCCACAACUUUUUAUUUAAAGAAUUAGUCAUGACAACACAGCAACUUCAAUAAUACCAGUUACGUUUUCCUUAUAAAAAGACAAAAAGCAAAAAGGAAAUAAAAUAAUUAAAAAAAAAAAAAAAAAAAAAAAAAAAAAAA